AUGAAGGUCUUCGCGUCCCUCGCUGUUCUCGCUGCUUUUGUGGCCUCGACCGCCGCCGGCCCCGCUGGUGUCUCCGAGAACAUGAACUCUCGCCGGAGGAUCACGGCCAAGCUCUCUCUCUGCGAGGAGGCCAACCUCCAGAACUGCGACGACACUGAGCGCGGCUGCGGCGGCCACAAGUACCAGCACUGGGGCAUUCAGGAGGACCUUCCGGACGGCGUUCUCAUCCGCUCCGUCUUCUGCUGGUAG